AUGAACAAAGAGCAAAGUGGUGUUCUGAAGGCAUGGGAGGCCACCGUGCGCAAAACACAUGCUGCCAAAAAGCGCGCAAACAGCAUUUUCGGGACAAUAACUAUGGCAAAUGCAACGGAUGAUGAUCUUGAAAAUAAUAAUGAUAAAAGUGAUAAUAUAUCCGGGGAGCCAUACUUAGUAGAGAAAAUUCUACCAAACGGGGAUUAUUAUACCGGGCAGUGGUAUGAUAAUUUUCCCGAGGGACAAGGGAAAUAUUUAUGGACCGAUGGUUGCAUGUACUUAGGAGAGUGGCAUAGGGGCAAAACUAUGGGCAAAGGAAGGUUUAGUUGGCCAUCCGGUGCUACUUAUGAAGGGGAGUUCAAAAGUGGAUAUAUUGAUGGGAUUGGUAUAUAUACUGGACCUAGCGGCGAUACAUAUAAGGGGCAAUGGGUGAUGAACUUUAAGCAUGGUCAUGGCAUAAGGUUCUAUCCGAAUGGAGAUUGGUAUGAUGGGGAAUGGCGUCGUGGUUUGCAAGAAGGGCUUGGGAAAUAUCAAUGGCAAAAUGAAAACCAUUAUAUAGGAGAGUGGAAGAAUGGUAUGAUUUGUGGAACCGGUACUUUUGUAUGGAGCAAUGAGAAUAAAUAUGACGGUCAGUGGGAAGAUGGUAUGCCAAAAGGAAAUGGAACUUAUUAUUGGUCAGAUGGAAGCUUUUAUGUGGGUAAUUGGAGUAAGGAUCCGGAUGAGCAAAAUGGGACAUACUAUCCUUCAGAGUCCUCCCAGGCUGCAAAUCUUGAAUGGGAUCCUCAAACUGUCUAUAUUGAGUUGGCUGAUUGUAAGAUUUGCCCAAGCGAAAAUGUUUCGAUUAUGCCAUCCCAAAAAGUAUUGGCAUGGUAUUCAGCAAAGACUGAUGAUAAUCCAAGGAGGUUGUCGAUUGAUGGGAGGGUAAGCGUAGGCAUAGAAAGGCCAGAUAAAAUGCAUAUGUGGGAGAGUGAUGAUGAUAGUACUGAUUUAACGGAAGUGAGGAGAGAUUUGGAUUCUGAGUUAUUAUGUGUUCAAGUUCAACAUCAACAUGAUGAUACAAAUCCUAAGUUUAACCUCGAAUUACCAUUGAAAGUGCCAAAACUGGGAAAAAGACCAGGUGAAACAAUAUCUAGAGGGCACAAGAACUAUGAACUUAUGCUCAAUCUACAAUUGGGAAUCAGGCAUUCUGUUGGAAGACCUGCUCCAGCAACGUCUCUUGAUCUAAAGGCGGCAGCUUUUGAUCCCAAAGAGAAAAUUUGGACAAGAUUUCCUACAGAAGGCAGCAAGUACACUCCACCGCAUCAAUCUUGUGAAUUUAAAUGGAAGGAUUAUUGUCCGGUAGUUUUUAGGGCUUUGAGGAAGUUGUUCAAGGUGGACCCUGCAGAUUACAUGAUAUCUAUAUGUGGAAAUGGUGCACUAAGAGAACUAUCUUCCCCCGGUAAAAGUGGGAGCUUUUUUUACUUGACAGAGGAUGAUCGAUAUAUGAUAAAAACAAUGAAGAAGUCAGAAGUGAAAGUGUUUAUAAGGAUGCUUUUUGCAUAUUAUAAUCAUGUUCGAUCCUUUGAAAACACUUUGGUCAUUAAAUAUUAUGGGUUGCACUGCGUAAAGUUAACUGGGCCGAUUCAAAGAAAGGUACGAUUCAUUAUUAUGGGAAACCUUUUACGUUCCGAGUAUACAAUUCAUAGACGCUUUGAUUUAAAAGGAUCUUCUCUAGGACGCAUAACAGAUAAGUCUGAGUCUGAGAUCGACAGUACUACAAUACUUAAGGACCUUGAUUUGAAUUUCAUAUUCAAACUCGAAAAAGCUUGGUUUGAAGAGUUUUGCUGGCAAAUAGAUAGGGAUUGUGAGUUUCUUGAACAGGAGAGGACCAUGGACUACAGUCUUCUGGUGGGCAUUCAUUUUAAGGAAAUAUCAGCCAAUGGAGAAUUCGUUCCUUGCGGAAGGCGAAGUUCAUCUGGAAAUUAUGAGAAUGAAUCAACUCCACCAGAUAUGGAGGAACAUUUUCUAGAUCCUAAAAGGUGGGGUACCAUAAAGUUGGGUGCUAACAUGCCAGCAAAAGUAGAAAGAACUAUAAGAAAACCCAAAUCGGUAUUUCACCUUGUAGGAGAACAAACAGGGGAGUGUUAUGAAGUCAUAAUGUUUUUUGGCAUAAUUGACAUACUACAAGAUUAUGAUAUUACCAAGAGGCUUGAGCAUGCAUAUAAAUCCAUUCAAUAUGACCCUACUUCUAUAUCAGCUGUGGAUCCGAAGCAGUAUUCUAAACGAUUUCGAGAUUUUAUAUUUAAAGUUUUUUGUGAAGAUACUUAAAAAUUUAUAUAUUCCCUAAGUGUGUGGAUGGAGCUAGAUUUAAUGAUUUAUGGGAAGCCCCAAUUAACGCAAUUUUUGUUGUAGCCAUUGUUAUCAACAACGUGUCUUGUAACUAAAUUUAGCACCAAUUAUUGGUGUUUGAAUUAUUUUUCCAGCCUUCAUUUAUUUAUUGGAUUCAA